GAACACUGUUCAACAUUCUUUUCCCCCGUCGCCUUCGGCAACACAUUCCUUGUUCUCCCCAAGAGGCUUUGACAGCUUCCCUUACAGUCCCUCCGGCACACCAACACGCAAAAAAUCCCACACUCUCUUCUUCAACCCGAAGAUCCACAUACCAGCACUCAUUCGUCCUCCGUUUCGACUACGAACCAGGAUAUCCUUUGAGUUGAUCUCUCUCUCACUCACUUCCACGUGACUUCCACCCACCGACUCCACGUCAAACCCACCAAAAAAACUCUCACCAUGUUCUCCAAGACCACCCUCCUCAUGGCCCUCAACGCCGGCCUCACCCUCGCCGGUAACGCCAUCCUCACCAACCGCUGCUCCUACGACAUCUGGGUCUCCUCUGUCGGCAGCUCGCACCAAACCCCCUGCACCCUCGUGCCCGCCCGCACCCAAUACACUGAGGUCCUCUACAACACGGGCACUUCCCUCAAGAUCUCCUCAACCGACAGCAUCCAGAACGGCGAGCACACGCAAUUCGAGUACUCUAUCGCCGGCGGCAAGGUCUGGUACGACAUCUCCUUUGUCAACUGCGCCGAGGGCGACUCCGCCUCUGCCUGCCCCGGCCACGCUGAGGGCCUGGCUAUGCGCGGCUCCAAUGACCAGUGCGGCGCUGCAGACUGUGCUGCUGGCGAUUAUUGUCCUACCCAGGCCUACUAUGUUGAUACCCCGCUCAUCAAGCUCGGCAUCAAGGAGCCCGUCUUUGACUGCCCUUCUACCGAUGUCGAUCUCUACAUGACCGUUUGCUCUGGCGAGGACUCGAUCAAGAGGAGUGUCGCUGGGCGUGUGGCUAUUGACCUUGAGGGUUAGGGGCUUAUUCGAGAGUACGACUAUAACGCGCAUCGGGGAUGCUUGCGGGCGUUGACGCUUUUGUUUUUUUGUUGUCUUCUUCUUCUUGAUCGCGAUCGCGAUCGCUUCUUUUUUCUUUCUUCGAUUCUAUCAUGAUAUAUAUGUAUUAGGGCUAGACAGGGUCUGAGCAACGGUUUGAUUACCACUCAGCAUGCUUUGCGGGAUUGGAUGUCUUUUUUUCUUUGAAGGGGGGGUUUGGAUUCACGACGGUACACGAUAUGAUUAUGAUAUGACCUGGGAAAAAUUCAGAAAAACUUGAUCUUUUGCUGGUAUGCAAAUGGAUGGUCUUCGAC